UGUCUGCUCCCUCCUCCCCUCCUCCUCCUGCACAGACGUCGCUCUGUCAUCCCGGGUGGUGGUGGUGGUGGAUCUCCGUGUUUCGUAAUCUGCCUGUCUCUUCCUCUCUCGGUCUCUCAGCCGGUCACAAUGGCAGCCGUCAGGACUCUCAGGAAACUGUGCCAACACUCCCAACACCAGCUCUGCAAACUGCACACGUCCGCCUCGAGGCAGGAGGCAGUGGUCAUCUCAGGAAAGAAACUAGCACGGCAGAUUCGCGAGGAGGCCCGGGGUGAUCUGGAGAAAUGGGUUUUAUCCGGCCACAGGAGACCCCAUCUGAGCGUGGUCCUGGUGGGAGAUGACGCAGCCAGCCACUCCUACGUCCUGAAUAAGACACGAGCGGCAUCUGAUGUCGGGAUCUCAAGUGAGACAAUUCUCAAGCCUUCGGACAUCAGUGAGGAGGAGUUAUUGGACCUGAUCUACAAACUCAACACAGACCAUCGUGUGGAUGGUCUGCUGGUCCAGCUUCCUCUGCCAGAUCACAUCGACGAGCGUGCAAUCUGUAAUGCAGUAUCUCCCACCAAGGACGUGGACGGCUUCCACGUAGUUAAUGUGGGCCGUAUGUGCCUGGAUCAGUCCACCAUGCUUCCUGCCACUCCCUGGGGAGUCUGGGAAAUUAUUAAACGCACAGGUAUUCCUACUCUUGGGAAGAAUGUUGUGGUUGCAGGACGCUCCAAGAAUGUGGGCAUGCCCAUCGCCAUGUUGCUGCAUACAGACGGCCGCCACGAGAGGCCUGGAGGUGAUGCCACAGUCACCAUUUCUCACCGUUACACUCCAAAGGAGCAACUUCGCCAACACACUCAAAUUGCUGAUAUCAUCGUAGCUGCUGCAGGGAUCCCAAACCUCAUUACCGCGGACAUGAUCAAAGAGGGAGCAGCCGUUAUUGACGUUGGAAUAAACAGAGUGCAGGACCCUGUCACUGGGAAGAGCAGACUGGUUGGAGAUGUGGAUUUUGAAGCCGUGAGACAGAAGGCAAGCUUCAUCACCCCUGUGCCUGGAGGUGUCGGACCCAUGACUGUGGCGAUGCUCAUGAAGAACACUAUCAAAGCAGCUAAGAACGUUCUGCUGUAUCCCCCAGAGAGGAUCCGCAUGGCAGCUUCUUCCUAAUGGGUCGAGGAAAAGUAACAGUGACACAUUCCAGCCCCCUUCUCCCAACACUACCGCCCUCCUCAUUUUUUUUUUUUUUUACUCGGAGCAACCUGACAUGCUCCUCUUGCACACGGACUGGAAAGAUGAUAGCUUUACGGCACUCGUUCUGCUGACAUCCUUACCUUUUAUUGUCCAGUCAUGUUAAGACUGUUACAUCCACUCAUUCACACAUGCAGCUGUGUGUUUUUGAUGAAACAGUUACCAGUAUUUAUCAUCUGCAAUGUAUUUCUGUAGAGUUUUGCAGUUUUAAGGAAUCUUGAACUGUUUUAUU